AUGGUCAGGAAGAUAUUGGGAACUAGAGACUAUGUGCAAACUACCCAAACAGCUGACAAUACUACAAGAAGCAUGAUCAAACACUUGUAUCUUCAGUUGAUUGGGGAUCACCCUAAAGUACCGUGGAGGAAUUUGGUGUUUCAGAAUACAGCCAGGCCUAAGACUAUUUUCAUUAUGUGGCUACAAAUCCAAAACAGGUCACUUACUGCAGAUAGGCUAAGCAAAUGGAAUAUUCAAUUGGAUCCUACCUAUCAAAUGUGUCAUAGUGCCAAUAAUACUAGAGAUCACCUUUUCUUUGAGUGUACUUUUGCCCAUUCAAUAUGGCAAAGGCUCAUGCAGUGGUUGCAAUUCCAGUGGCCAGCAGUACAGUCUUGGCAGCUGCAGUACCAAAUUAUUCUGCAAGUUACGAAAGGAAAGACUAUGCAGGCGAAAAUGUUUAGACUGGUUUACUCAGAAUUUAUAGCCGCAAUCUGGUGGGAAAGAAACACUAGGAUCUUCGAGAAAAGAGAGAAGCAUGGAGAACAGAUAGCUAGAGAAAUCGCAUGUCUUUGCAAUGUUCGAGCGCCUCCAACAGUGAAAGCUAGGUUGAUGCGUUGCAGAUUCUAA